GUUCGUCACUGGUGGUGGCCGUGAGCGUGAAUCGAACUCGGGUCGCCGGGUUCGUGGUGCAGCGCGCUAACCGCUACACCACCGCUCCCCACCUACAGAGAUACAACAACCACGACGGCGUCCCAAAGAUGUCGGCUCGCGGAUCACGCUCGGCGUUCGUUCUGCACGGAUUCAAGGCCGCCCUCAGAGACAAGCCAGGUGACUACCUCACCAACUCUCAGAGGACUUCAACGUCCUCUUUCCUCAGCCAGAGCCCGAGCUUCUCAGCUGGGAACAUGAGGCCAAAGAGUGUCCCAGCAGGCUCCUCGGCAGUGCAUGGCCACGGCGACAGCCCCACGCUGGACGAGCUGGAGCUGAGCCUACACAACUUGAAGCUCCAGGUGAGUGACCUCCGUUCUAGCCUGGAUGUCGACUUCACCUCGGACAAGGCCGCUGGAGAAACCCGCAAGACCCGACAGUGGUCCUUGUUGCCGGAUCCGGAGCCCGGCAUGGGCGCUUUUGAAGACGACAGUGGCGACGCCUGGUUUCUCAGUCCGAGACGCCGCUCCAGGUUUUCCUUGGACGGCAGUGCAACCACCAUCACCACUACCGGCCUGGGGCUGCACCGCGAGGCGUUCCCGGUGCAGAUCGGCGCUCCGCACGUCGUCGGCGUGCCCUCGCUGCUGCCGCCGGCGAUCCCCGUGCGGGGCAGGUCACCCGUGCGGACGGUGGCGACGGUGGUGCUGGAGGAGGUGGCGAGGGCUCGCCGCUCGCGCUCGCUCGAGCGCUGGGUCGCGGACGGGAGAGGCGCGCGGAGGAGCGGGAUGGCCCGCUCGCGGUCGCAGUCGCCGAAGCCGGCGUGGAGGCCUAGCUCGGCAAAACCCGACCUCAGCUCACGGCCGCCGCCGCCGCUGCGGUCGCGCAGGAGCGGAGCGAGGGGGAGGAGUGACGAGGAGGGACGGCUGUCGGAGGACGAGCGUGGCCGGCGGCCCUGGCGGGGCCUGCGGUCGUCCCUGCGGUCGCUUUCCGCCGAGCACAGUCCAAGGCCCGCUUCUCGGGGUCCCACGGCGCUGGACGUGAGCGAAAGGUUUGUUGGUUCUCUGGGAGGCCACUUGGGGGGCACGUCUCCGUACGGGGAGGCUCUGCACCGCCUGCGCCGGCAGCGUCUGCGGGUGGAGGAGGAUCUGCUGCUGGAGCUCAAGCGGAAGCUGGAACUGGAGAGGACGCGUGGGCCCCGGCCUAAGUGGUACGAGAUGAGGGGUCCUCAGUUCCACUACGAAGCCAGGAAGAACAACGACCACUUGCGGAGCAGCGCCGAGUGGCAGAGGAUCUAUGACUACAGGAACCAGCUGCUCUCUGCCUCGCAUACUUUCAGGGAAGGCCUGGCUAACAGGCCCUAGCGCCCAUUGCCCAAGUUAUUGCUGAUCCGGGCAAAGACCUAGCUACACCUGAAAACCCGGUUGAAAUUAUGGAUCAUCGCCGCCAGCUGUUGUCCAUCCACUGCUGGAUCAAGGUCUCUCCCCACGCUGCCGACAUCCUUCCCGGUCCUGCAAUGUAACGAUCCCAUCAAGUGCCUGCAGGAGGGCCGACCUCACGGCUCCGUCUCUCCCCGGUGGACGUCCUCUCGUUCAAGUUUCCUCUUUUGGCUGCCACCCAUCCUUGUCAUCCGUCUCAACCAUCGCUCCAAAUUGCGACGACCUCCCGGCCUGGCCCGCUGACUUACUUCUUCUUUCGUACUUCUUUGGACUUCUUUCGUACCGUAUGUAGCCAAUCGUGCUAACUGUAGGUGCGGGGAGGAAGGAUAACACACUAAACACAUAAAACAUUUCUAAAGAAAUGAGUUUUCAAUUUAGAUUUAAAACAGUCAACAUCGUGGGUGCCUUGCUUGUGCUUGUUCUGCAAUCUGCCUCUCGGCGGUGUGAUUCCACUCACUGA